AUGGCCGAAACAAACUCCAGCCUUGGGCCCUCCUCCGUGUCUUUUGGUUCCGGUGCUGCAAGCUCCGUACCACCUUCAAACCCCUUACGAAAACGAGACGAUGAUGAGAUUUCACUCACCUCGACUGUUGAAAGUGAGGCGCAAGAAGAGUACGAAGUUGAAACCGUUUAUGCCCAAGAUAUUCGAUACGGAGCUAAGAUGUAUCUCGUAAAAUGGAAAGGGUAUUCGGAUUUGCGUUGUACGUGGGAGCCAGCCUCUUCAUUUAAUGAUAGUGACACUCUCAAAGCGUGGAAAAGGAAGCGUCUUGCUAUCCAGCAAGGUAUUCGGGCCCCUUUCGAUGUCGAGGCAUGGGAAGCAAGGCUUGAAGCCUCAGAAGAUGCCAGAGACGAACGUAAACGUCGGCGGAGGGAAAAGCGAGCUAGGGUCAGCUUACUCGAAAUAUCCAAAGAAGGGUCCUCAAUUGAAAGAGAGGCUGAACAUGGGCGAAAUUCAAGGAAAUCUGCUGGGGAAUCUCCGACUGAUGGUGGUGACAACGGCAUACCUGUCAGACAAAGGCGACUGCCAAGCGCCAAAAUAUCGAAGAAAGAUCAGAUGGACCAGUCUCAUGGGGAGCAAACCCAGCCACAACCACCGGAAGGGCAGAAACAUGCAGCUAAGACAGCUCCCGCCUCCCAAACCGCACCUCGCCGGGCAGAAAGGCCCACACUUGCAAUACCUGAGCCUGUUGGCAUGGCCGUAUUGGAAGGCCGCAAUCCGAAUAAAGGUCUCGUGGACGUCUUGCAACGAGCGAAAGAGAAGCAAAAUCAUUCAGCCGAGGAGAAUAAAACCUGGAAGCUCUUCUCUACUACGAACAAGUUCGACAAAGCUGCGAAGAUGGAUCAUGAACCGGAUCGAGGUCAAUUGGAGCUGCGGAAGCCUGGAGACUGGACACCUUUCCAGAUGUCGUCAUAUUUGAGAGGUCAGCGGAAUAAUGCCAAUGAUAGCCUUUUUGUUGAACAGGAGGAUGAUGAUGAUGAUGACGAUGACCCAGUCAUUAGCGCAACUAUUGCUAGUGCGGCCACUUCCUCAAUGGCCAACCCAGUUGUUGGGGCCAGUCCUUCAAGUCUUGUUCGUGUUGUUUCUGGCCUUCGAUCAUCAAAUUCACCUAUAAUGAAAACCACAACGAUACGCAAACCGGGCCCACGUUCAAUGAAGAGUUCUGGUAGGGUAUAUAAGAUUGGAGCUCGUGAACUGAGUAGGAAAGGGGACCUUCUUUGUCAGCUAUUCUAUGGUCACGAUGAUGUGGGAGUUGGUGACGUUUCGGUUUGUAAUUUGUCAGAAUCCGCUCGCAGAACGAUUUACAAGCGUAAGGAGGCUCGGGAUAUCAACAUCCAUUUUGAUGAACUUUGCAGCUUGGAACAAUACAGGGCUCUCACUGAUAAGUUAGGCAGUGACAUCCAUUUCAAUGGUUGUAUAACCGCUUUCGCUGACACACAGGCAAAGCUCACCGUGCUUUCCAAACUUUUGCUGGACAAAGAUCUUGUUGGAAUCUCCAGGAUUCCCAAUGGUGCUCACCCAGUGUAUUCGGUGACUCUUUUCUGCUAUCCAACAGGGUCAAAAAGCUUUCAAUUCCUGAACAGGUAUUCAUACACCGCUCCAGAUGGAUCGUUAGGGAUUGCAGGAAUGGCUGGUCUACUACCACGCCCAUCUCGUACCAGGCCUGCUCAAGACAUUCCUGACGAGGGCGUCGGCAGGCUGGCAAGACCAGAACGACAAGGACGAUUUCAUGAAUCGAUGGAACCUAGGCUGGAAGGUUUUCUAUCACGAAGACUAUCAUCACAGACUAUUCCUUCUCCUCCACGCUUAGAUAUGAAAUCUCUAUCCACACAACCUACACCAUCUCCUUUGAAAGUACGCAAGAUCACCAAGACACCAGGUCCUUCACGAUCAACAAAUACAAUUUCUGGAAUAGCUGUGAAGUCUACCCCAAAGCCCAGCAAAGAUUCCGGUUUAAGCGCCCCCAGUGAUAGAGGGUCAGAUAGUUCAAAGGGCCCGCCAAUAAUUAUACGAGAAAAAACGCCAACAGACCAUUCUAAUAUUAAAGAAAACACCGCAACGACACAUUCUGUCAGUGACAAGAACGCUAUUUCAAGUUCGGUCCGACUUGUCGUUCGAGAUGCAGUCUCGGAUAUUGGACCUCUUGAAAGGUCUGCCACUGAGCCUAAUCGCUCUCCAAAUGAUAAACAAGCCACCGAGCACACUAGCUCUCUCACUACCUUUUCUCUUCAGGAAAAACCAUCAAAUGCUUCAUUUACGGACCCGGCUGCCAUGGAAAUUACUGAUGACACACCGCCGAAUCCUGAUCCCUCAAAGGCGACAUCAGAAAAGAAAGACCUCGAAAACAGACAAGAUGUGGAGAUGUUGGAUGCAGACAACAAGGAAAAUAUUGAUUCCACGGAAUACAUCAAGAAAGUGUUCCCUAGAGUGUUCAAGUUGGACUUUCACAAUCUUGCUGCCGUCAACACUAGCUGGCGAGCAAAUUUUACAAAUUGCUUUUAUCUGUACUUUCCUGAAGAGGCUGAUGGGGAUUAUCAAGUAUUGGAACAUUUUCUUGAAAGUCACUUUGCAAUUGUGUUGUCUAAUCGUAAACCCAACGACUGGGAGAAAUUUGCGAAAUCCCAAUCAGGGGUUGCAUUGUUCCACCAUAGUUUUAUAGGAUACUAUACUCUUCCUGGAUUCUAUAAUCUUACAAGAAGUACAUCAUUCAACUUUUGGAAUGCUUCAUUAGAUGGGUUCAUUCCAAAUCUCGACCCAGAAGUGCAUUUCCAGAGAAUAUUCCCUAACGGAGCAGGCUUCCUCAUGACUGAGGAUGUGAUGCGACAUGAUCCAGAUGCAGCAAUCAUUAUCCUUGCUUGGUUUCGAGAUUACGCUUAUUCAAAACUUCCAGGUAGUUACCGAAUGAUGUUCCGUCCGAAUAUCCUAGAGUGGUUGGAGAUGAUGUCGGACAAAGACCCUCGAUUUGAAGUAAUGGCUGUUCUGAUUGGCUACAUCUACUGUAGAGGAGAGCCAUCCAACUGGCCAAUGGAAGCACGCGACCUCGACCAAUUAGCUGACCCAUGCCUUGAGACCUCGGUCGUUUCAAUACAAGACAUGCCCAAAGUCAAAGCUCAAGAUGACAAAGAGUCUCCAGCCCCAUCCGAUGCAACUGCACGAGCAAACCGAGCCACAGACUACCUCUGUGAGAUUUUCUCAACCUGGUCCCUUCUCAACGCCGCAUCCAUGAGACGGUUCUGCAUAAUCACUCUCGAUGAGCCAAGAGAGCCAUGGCGGAGUUGGACGCAUAUCGAAGUAUGCCGUGGAAUCAAUGAUUUCUACCAAAGAUGGAACGUCAAAAAGGAGAAUUACACAAAGUGGUUGGCUCAGAAUGAUGCGUCGAAACCACUCCCAGAAAAGCCACACACCGUGGUAUGGGAUCCGCAAGCUCAUAAACUGGGGACGCUGCCGAAGCCAACCGAGUUCAGGAGGAGCUCGGAUGGGAAAAAUAGCUCUAAAUGA